AUGGUGAAGAGAUAUAAUACCAUCUUCAAGAGCAGAGGAGAGGUGAGCUGCUCCCUGUGCAAUGGGAUGCGGAGACACGGACCACCCGAUAACAAGAGCAAAGACAGGAGACACUUCGUUCCCCGAUUCACCUGGGAGGAACUACUGGCCUCGUCUAACUCAUGUUACUGCUGCGACAUUCUCCUACGCGGCUGUCGGGGAUGCUUGGAUCAACACGGGCCGAAAGAGGCAGAGAUCGAUAACGCAAGUCUCAGGUUCCGCUAUCUCGCUCGCCUAGAAACUAUCGAGGAGCAGGAGACGGGGAAGAUAAUUGUCAUUCGAUUUCAAAACGGCAAGAAGUUCCUCAUCGAGGUAUUCGCUGUCGAUGAACCCGGCGGCCGCACGCCUAAAUCCUGGGGGGAUUUUUCGCGCCCCGGAAUAGAACAUUACUUGGAUUAUGCGGACUCGCUCUGCAAUCUGGGGGAACGGCUGCCGCCUCUUCCUACGAGAGUUAUGGAUGUUGGCCUGGAGGACGAUGUGGUAAAGGUCUUCGAGACCGCAGGAGCUGAGGGAAUCUAUGUAUGCCUCAGUCACUGCUGGGGUGAUACGCAGAUCCUCGCAACCACUAGAGCGACAUUGGCUGAGCGCAAGAGGUCAAUCCCGUGGGACAGCUUGUGCCAGACCUUUAAAGAUGACAUUAUUGGAGCGCGGACGCUGGGUAUCAAAUAUGGACUGGGCGAUGGAGUUAUCUACCGCAACGGAUUCUUUACGAUUGCUGCCACAUACUCCCCGAAUGGUGACGGGGGCCUGUUCCGUGCGACUCCGGAUUUUCGUGUCUCUGGAAGGUCGCGCGAGGGUGAACGAUAUACUCUGCAUUUCCGCGAGAUGAUCGAGCACCACAUAGAGUCGUUGAACGAGUGCGACGACGAGUCUGGGAACCCAACGACGGUCUUCUUUCCGCUCCUGACACGAGCCUGGGUCUAUCAAGAACGAAUGCUUUCAACGCGCGUCAUCCACUUUGGCCGAUAUGAGCUCUUCUUCGAAUGUCACUCUGGCAUUCGGUGUGAGUGUGAGCAGAUCGAGUCUUUGGGUGCAGCAGGCUCCUGGCGAGGCUUGUUCAAGAUCGAGCUUGCUACCGCGCUGCUUUAUUACGACCUUGCACACAAGGGGGAAUACCGCCCGGGGCUCCAGUACCACGGAGCAGCUUUGUGGCGAACCGUGGUGUCAGCCUAUACGGCACUGCGCUUGACAAAGCCCAGCGACCGUUUGCCUGCAAUUGGCGACAUGGCAAGAGAAAUGGCUGCCCGGAACACCAAGUAG